GCGGCGAGCGAGGACCGCUAGCUGCCGCUGAGAGUUGCCAGCGAGAGGCGGCGGGAGAAGGAACCAGCCACCCCCCUGCGGCCACGGGAGACGUGUUGAAUCAUGCAAGAAAGGAGAGGGAAGAUCACACUGAAGAUCUGCACAGUGCACUGUGAGUGGUGAUGCUAGUGGAUGGAACCCAAGCUGUGGCGGGGCUUGGGAGAAGACUCUGACAUAUUCUUCCCUGGAAACAAACCAGCCUGCAUAAAAAAACCAGUGACUGAGAUAUUAUUGGAAAGGUAUUUGGCAAGACCGUAGCUGCUCAAGCCGGGGCUCCUAGCUGCGUGUGGAUUAGGUGGAGUCACAGGAUACAGGGUGAUUCAUCUGCCUUGUAAUGAAAACCCUGCCACAUGAACUGCGAGUUACUAAUUACGCUUCAGAUCCAGGGCUACUUAACAGAAUUAGCGUCACCUUCUUCAAAUGCACUCCUGUCUCGUGUGGUGAUGGGAGUUACGCGACAAAGGCAGCGAUGUUCGUAAAUAUCAUUGAGCGGAUCCUGCCCUGAAAUGACUUUCAAUUCACCUAACUGAGUGAAGCCUGCUUCAGUUCUGCCAUUGGCAGUUGCCAGAAGUUGUCGUUGGCUGGGUGGAGUUUAAAGAAGUAGCCCAGCUGUUUGGGUUUUCAUUCUUGGUUUACAGUUCUGAGCCCUGAGUGCAGAGGUCUCAAGAGGACAUGCGGGGCCUGAUCUUCAGAGGGGCUGAGCACCCAUAGACUUCAGUGGGACCUACUGGAGGCCAGCAGCACAGUGAAGGAGUGAGAGUUGCUGGGAGCUACCAAACAUCGCUGACCACCACCAGGCACCAUGACGACGAGCAGUGGUCCCUCAGACAGGUAUAAAGCCGUCUGGCUGAUCUUCUUCACCCUCGGCCUGGGGACGCUGCUGCCAUGGAAUUUUUUCAUGACAGCCACCAGGUAUUUCACCAACCGCCUCGGGGAUCCCCAGAACACUUCCUCCUUGGAACGCCUCCCUGGGCUGAACCGCACGUAUGAGGGCCGGGAGCUUCCCCCCACCUACCUGCAGGCCAGGUUCAACAACUUCAUGACGCUCUGCGCCAUGCUACCCCUGCUCAUCUUCACCUGCCUCAACUCCUUCCUCCACCAGAGGAUCCCCCAGAAAGUCCGUAUCCUGGGCAGCCUGGUUGCCAUCCUUCUGGUCUUCAUGAUGACAGCUGCCUUGGUAAAGGUCCCCCUGGAGCCGCUCUCCUUCUUCAUUGUCACCAUGGUCAAGAUCAUCCUCAUCAAUUCCUUUGGUGCCAUCCUCCAAGGCAGCCUCUUUGGAUUGGCUGGGCUGCUGCCUGUCAGCUACACAGCCCCCAUCAUGAGCGGACAGGGCAUGGCAGGGACCUUCGCAGCUCUGGCCAUGAUCUGCGCUAUCGCCAGUGGCUCAUUGCUGGCAGACAGCGCCUUUGGCUACUUCAUCACAGCCUGCGUGGUGGUCCUGCUGGCCAUCGGCUCCUACAUCCUGCUGCCCCGCCUGGAUUUCUUCCGUUACCACUCAAUGAAGGACAAGACCGAGUAUCGGGUCCACGAGAGGCAUGCUGAGCUGGAGACCAAGAUCGACCUGAUCAAGAAAGAUGAGCCCAAUGGGGUGGAACAGAGUUACCCGAGCAACACGGCCCCCCAAGUUCCCGGCCAGAAGCCCUCCGUCUUCAGCAUCUUUAAGAAGAUCUGGGUCAUGGCUCUGUCCGUCUGCUUGGUCUUCACUGUCACCAUUGGGGUCUUCCCGGCCGUCACCGCUGAGGUGAAGUCCACGAUCGCUGGGAGCAGCAAGUGGGAGAUGUACUUCAUCCCUGUCUCCUGUUUCCUGAUGUUUAAUGUCUUUGACUGGCUGGGACGGAGCCUCACGGCCAUCUGCUUGUGGCCCGGGAAAGACAGCCGGCUCCUGCCCUUCAUGGUGGCUGCCCGCAUAGUCUUCAUCCCCCUCUUCAUGCUGUGCAACGUGCAGCCCCGCAGCCACAUGCCCGUUUUCUUCCACCAUGACGCCUGGUACAUCAGCUUCAUCAUCCUCUUCUCCGUCUCCAAUGGCUACCUGGCCAGCCUCUGCAUGUGCUUUGGGCCCAAGAAGGUGCUCAACCACGAAGCUGAGACGGCCGGAGCCAUCAUGGCCUUUUUCCUCUCGCUGGGCCUGGCGCUGGGAGCCAUGUUCUCCUUCCUCUUCCGGGUGGUGAUCUAGUGGGGCAGCAGCAUGGACACUGAGGCCGUGCUUGGCUCAGCUUCUCAUCCCCUGGCCAGCACAUAGAGGCUACGGUGCUGGGGGGGACGUCUCUUGUGCACUGCUAUGAACUCUCACUGCCUUAGCAGACCUUAUGUCCUGUGACCUGGGGGGUGACCUCCACCUACCCUGAGGAUGGCUUGGGGCUCCUAGGGCUGGGUCACUUUGCCCUACCCCCGGCUUGUGUGAUGGCUCCAGGACUUGUGUGCCAUCAUGUGCCCCCGUACUGUGUGUGACCGCUGGAUCCCAUGCACACACAGAUCUCCCCCUGCCCAGUGUUGUGUGACUUUCUCCCCACACACAGAUGUCAGGAUCCUGUCUCGAAUUCAUAUCACACCCGCCAAGUGUGGGGUCUUUGGCUCAGAAGAGAAGAGAGUGCCUGAGGUCACUGCUCCCUUGGGGGCUGCUUGUGACUUGCUCUCCCCAUCCCGGCCUCCUCUCAAGGGGUCCCUGGAGAGUUCACCCUUGUCCAGUUUCUCUCCCCCUGCCCCCAGCAAGGGAAAUGAACUAACCCCCAGGCCUGGCUGAGGGAAGGGGAGCCUUGCAGACUGCACCCCUCCCCCCUAUAUACGUGUGUGCUGCCCAUCCCUAUAGCUGCUGAUCCUCUCAGACAUUUGUGGCUUUAUUCCUUCCCACUCCCUCCCGCGAGCUAGGGAAUGUCAUAACCCCAGACUCCAGAUGGGGAACUGGGGCAGGGCUGGAGAUAGAGCCCAGGUGGCUGGAGUGCCUGUCAGAUACCUCAAUUACAGCACCUCCUUCCUCUUUUCCUGCCCUGGCCUUUCCCCUGCUCCUGACCUCCCUCCAGGUGCCAUUCACCCCAGCUGCUUGCACUGCCCCAGACUUUGAUCUGCCCCCUGCGGCAGUCCCUGCCUUCCCCAGCAGGAGGUGGUACAGGAGUGGAGCAGGCACGCUAGCAGUGGGGGGCGCCCAGAGAGUGAGAAGGCCAAUGCAGGACAGCACUGCCAUGAGCCACCCCAUGCUCCGCGAGGCCUUGCCUGGCUGAGUGCCCCUUGGUGCGGGCGGGGGCCCGGCCCAUUUGUCUCUGUAAAUGUAUCUGUACAGUUGCCAUUUUCUAUACAAAGAGUGAACAUGC